AUGGCAGACCUACGGGUCAAUGCGGAGGAAAAAGAUCUCACACGCAUCGAACGGAUUGGCGCCCACUCUCACAUCCGAGGCCUUGGCUUGGAUGACUCUCUGGAGGCUCGCGCCGUGUCCCAAGGCCUGGUGGGCCAGGCAUCAGCGCGCAAGGCUGCUGGUGUAAUCACUCAGAUGAUAAAGGAUGGCCGUAUCGCUGGUCGGGCUGUGCUCCUGGCCGGCCAGCCUGGGACCGGCAAGACCGCCAUUGCCAUGGGAAUGGCAAAGUCACUAGGGGACGAGACCCCCUUUGCCAUGAUUGCGGCCUCCGAGAUAUUCUCCAUGGAGAUGUCAAAGACCGAGGCCCUGACACAAGCGUUCCGCAAGGCCAUUGGCGUGAGGAUCAAGGAGGAGUCUGAGCUCAUUGAGGGAGAGGUGGUGGAGAUUGAGAUUGACCGGCCUGCCACCGGUUCUGCCAGCAAGACGGGCAAGCUCACGAUGAAGACGACGGAGAUGGAGACCAUCUACGAUCUCGGCGCGAAGAUGAUCGAGGCGAUACAAAAGGAGAAGGUCACUGCUGGCGACGUGAUUGCCAUCGACAAGUCCAGCGGCAAGGUCACCAAGCUUGGUCGAUCCUUUGCGAGGUCCCGAGAUUUUGACGCCAUGGGCCCCGCCACCAAGUUCGUGGUGUGCCCCUCCGGGGAGCUGCAGCGGCGGCGUGAGGUGACACACGUGGUGACCCUGCACGAGAUCGACGUGAUCAACUCGCGGCAGCAGGGCUUCCUGGCGCUGUUCGCCGGGGACACGGGCGAGAUCCGGAGCGAGGUGCGCGACCAGAUCGACUCCAAGGUUGCAACCUGGCGCGAGGAGGGCAAGGCCGACAUCAUUCCCGGCGUCCUCUUCAUCGACGAGGUGCACAUGCUGGACAUUGAGUGCUUCUCUUACCUGAACCGCGCGCUGGAGUCAGAGCUGGCCCCCAUCCUGGUGGUGGCUUCCAAUCGCGGCAUCACGCGCAUCCGGGGCACCGCCUACUCGGCGCCCCACGGCAUCCCGCUGGACCUCCUGGACCGCCUGCUCAUCAUCUCCACCUCGCCCCCGGGGGAGGAGGACCUGGCGCGCAUCAUCCAGAUCCGGGCGGAGGAGGAGGACGUGGAGCUGGCAGGGGACGCGCAUGCCCUGCUCACCAAGAUAGGCCUGGAGACCAGCCUCAGGCGAGUGGGUGGGUAUGCCAUCCACCUGAUCACGGCGGCCUCGCUCAUCGCCGCGCGGCGCAAGGCCUCUGCCGUGGAUGUGGAGGACGUGGCCCGCGCCUACACCCUCUUCCUGGAUGUCAAGCGCUCGACGCAGUACCUGCAAGAAUACCAGGAGCAGUACAUGUACAACGAGGUUGCUGCCGUGCCAACUCCCAUGGAGGCAUGA